AUGGGCUCCACCCUGUCCACCCUAGCCCACUUCCUCCUGUCUCCAGGGUUUAUAUCCUCAGACCAGACAGCUGGCGGGGGUCGUGGACUCCGGCCAAGGCUCAGAAGCACGGAGGUGCAGGGUAUCGCCGAGGAGCCGGGGCUGGGUGCCGCCAGCAGCGCUCGCUCUGGGGCCCCCGGCCCUGUUCCGGACUACGCCCCGUUGCCAGCCCCGGCCCAGCAGCUGACCCUGCUGGUGAUGCGCCCCUGUGGAGUGCUGGACGAGACUGCGACCGGGGGCGCCCUUCAGCAGGCGGUGCACAAGCCCGGCAAGUACCUGUGUGACGUGGCGGGUGAUGGCGAGGAGGAGGCUGGGAACGACGACGCAGACCUGCUGGACAAUUCAGAUCCCACGGGAGGAGGCGAGAACGCAGCUAGUUUGGAGGAUCUGGAGGACGAGACCACCCAGUCAGGGGGAGAAGGCGGCAGCAGCGAAGCCCGGCGACUGGGCAGCGGCGGGGGCAGCACGAGAAAGGCCUGCACCUACAAGGGCUGCAACGAGACCACGAGCCAGGUGGCCAAGCAGCGAAAGCCGUGGAUGUGCAAGAAGCACCGCAACAAGAUGUAUAAGGACAAAUACAAGAAGAAGAAAAGCCACCAGGCCUGGAACUGUGGUGGGGCAGCUUCCGCAGCCAGCGCGGGAAAUGUCAAGUUGGAGGAAAGUGCAGAUAGUAUACUCUCCAUCGUUAAGCAAAGAACUGGAUCUUUUGGGGACCGUCCUGCAAGACCUACUCUUUUAGAACAAGUGUUAAAUCAAAAACGACUGUCAUUACUAAGAAGUCCAGAAGUAGUACAAUUUUUACAGAAACAACAACAACUGUUAAGUCAGCAAGUUUUGGAGCAAAGACAGCAGCAUUUUCCAGGAGCACCGGUGUGA